AUGAAGUCCUUCAUUCUGCUCCUUUGUCUUGCUCAGCUCUGGGGCUGCCACUCAGCCCCACAUGGUCCACUGGGCUAUAGGGAACCAAAUUGUGAUGACCCAGAAACAGAGCAAGCAGCCCUGGCAGCUGUGGAUCAUAUCAAUCAAUUCCUUCUUCAGGGAUACAAGCAGAUCUUGAACCAGAUCGACAAAGUGAAGGUGUGGUCUAGGCGGCCAGUCGGAGAGGUAUAUGAACUUGAAAUAGACACGUUGGAGACCACCUGCCAUGCAUUGGACCCCACCCCUUUGGCAAACUGCUCCGUGAGGCAGGUGGCCCAGCAUGCUGUGGAAGGAGACUGUAAGGUCCAUGUGCUGAAACUGGAUGGCAAGUUCUCCGUAAUGUUUGCAAAAUGUGAUUCCACCCCAGACUCCGCGGAAGACGUGCGCAAGGUGUGUCCGAACUGCCCUUUGCUGGCCCCGCUUAAUGACACCAGGGUGGUGCACGCUGCAGAAGCCGCUCUGGCCGCCUUCAACGCGCAGAAUAACGGCUCCUAUUACCAACUAUUGGAAAUUUCCCGCGCUCAACUUGUGCCUCUCCCAGUUUCUACCUAUGUGGAGUUUGCAGUGGCUGCCACUGACUGUGUUGCUAAAGAAGUCACAGAUCCAGCCAAAUGCAACCUGCUGGCAGAAAAGCAAUAUGGCUUUUGUAAGGCGACGCUCAACGAGAAGGUUGGUGGAGAAGAGGUUGCAGUGACCUGCACUCUGUUCCAGACGCAGCCUGUGGUCAUACAGCCCCAACCAGACGCCAAUGUAGCAACCCCUGACGCUGUCGUGGAACAAGCUACACCUGCAUCCCUUCCAGCUGGUCAGCCUGCAGCAUCCCUGGUGGUUGGACCUAUGGUGGUGUCACCCCCCAGAGGACCCCCGUCACACCGGGUACAUUACGACCUGCGCUAUGCCUUCUCAGGUGUGGACUCAGUGGAGUCAGCCUCAGGAGAAGCAUUCCACCCAGGGAAACCACACAAGGUGACACAGCCUGGUGUUGCUGAUGCUGCUGGUCCAUUAGUCCGCCCAUGCCCAGGCAGGAUCAGACACUUCAAGAUCUAG